AAAAGUUGUUAAAACAACAUUGCCAAUAUAACAAUAAUAGGAGUAUACGCAUUACUAAAUUUUGUCGUGGCCAGAUUUCAAAAAUGGAUCUUUUGUGCAAUGAUGGCGCUAGCUGUAUGGAUAUCUCCAGCCCCCACAACAAGAAACCACCGAGUCCAGGCAGUGGAGUCCCAGCAUUGGGACCAGGCGGAGCCCUACCCAUUGCCAUAGUACCCAGCAUAUCCAGCUUAGUCAACCAGUGCAACAAGCCGGCCUGCGAUGACGCUGAUAUGCAGUGCAUCAUCGACCUGAUCGAGGGCACACUCUGCGAAGCGGUGGCCAUUAUUGAGUCAGACCCGCGUGGUCUUUUUAUCUACAACUUUCCGAAAAGGCAAAAGAUGUCCUCCAUCAGCCUGAUCUCUUCAGUGUUCACUGACACCGUUGUGGCCAACGGAGAGGAUGAUCCCUCGAUCACAAAUCAUUACACGGGUGGCCUUGGCGUUUCGGCGGACUCCGUAUCCAGUGGCUUGGCGCGCAAGAUGCUGACCAUCGGGGACUUUGAGUACUCCAAUGCCAUUGCCGACAUUAGGGAUUUCGUCAGUCGCUGGGAACUGUCGCCGGACACCAAGUGCGUGGUGAUCAGCAAUCCGAUUCGACACGAGGUGGCCCAAAAGGGAACCAUUCUCUUUGUCGAUGCCCAUUUCUCUCGGCCAACACCCCGUUGUCCGAAUCCCCUGGCCGUCGCCAAGGUGCGUUUCAUCAUUUCCGUGUCCAAGAUUCUACUGAAGCACUAUCCCGUGAUGAUCACCUACCGCUUCGAGGGUUACAACACGCUCUAUUACGGCCUGGGCGAACGAUGCCUCAACUCGUUCACUUUUCAGCGAUUCUACAUCGACACCAUUCUGCACACCAAGCUGACCUUCUUCGCUGCGAUCUCGGAGUGUCGCCACGGCACCAUCGAAAAGCCCAAGCAUAAUAUCAAGCCGAAAAACUCAAAGAAAUCCGGCUCUUGAACAUUAUUUCACUAUUAAAACCCUUGUUUUGUGUCUUUCAAUUCCCCAAUUU